AUGUAUCAGCAGUUCAUCCACGAGUACGUGAGAUUGGGACAUAUGCGGGAGAUUGGCCCCGAUGAAAUCGACGCGCAACCGCAAUACUACCUUCCACACCACGCUGUGAUGAAACUCGACAGCACCACUACAAAGCUUCGUACCGUAUUCGACGCAUCAUGCCGCUCGAAGUCCAGUAUCUCGCUGAACGAUGUCCUGCUUCCUGGUCCCACAAUCCAGGACACUCUCGUGACGAUUGUCCUCCGUUUUCGAAUCCACCAGUUCGUGUUAUCUGCGGACAUUGAAAAAAUGUACCGGCAGAUUUUGGUCCAUCCCACCGACCAACCGCUGCAGCGAAUUCUCUGGCGCGACGAUCCCGAGGCUCCACUGAAGAGCUACCAGCUCCGCACCGUCACAUACGGCACAAGCAGUGCUCCAUUUUUGGCAACUAGGGUGCUGCAGAAGCUCGCCGAUGAUGAAGGGCAACAUUUUCCGCUGGCGGAACCCGCUGUCCGCCACGACUUCUACGUCGACAAUUUGCUGUCCGGUUCUGACGAUGCUGAAUCUCUCGCCGUUACCUGCAACCAGCUCAUUGCAAUGCUCGCAUGCGCAGGACUUCCUCUCCGACAAUGGUCUUCGAAUUGUCAAGCUAUUCUUGAUACCAUUCCGUUGGAGCUCCGAGAGACGAAAACACUACUCGAUUUGGACCACGAGUCCUCCGUGACUGCACUUGGCCUCCGCUGGGAACCGUCGACCGAUUUUCUUUCGUUCAAGACGCCGAAUUGGAAGGAAUGCACGGUUCUGAACAAACGAACGAUCCUCUCUCAGAUCAGCAGCCUUUUCGACCCCUUAGGUUUGAUUGGACCGACCAUUGCAAAGGCGAAAAUCAUGCUGCAGAGUCUUUGGAAGCUCCAUCUCGACUGGGACACACCCGUGGCUAACGGAUUCGCUCACGAAUGGCACGAAUUUCACCAGAAGUUUUCAGCACUUGCCCACCUUCGAGUUUCUCGCCAUGUGUUACGUCCGGGUUACGACCGCUUGGAGAUUCACGGGUUCAGCGACGCUUCAGAGUCUGCAUAUGGUGCAUGCAUCUAUCUCCGGUCAAUAACUGCCGAGGGCCCUUGUACAGUUCGCUUGGUGAUUUCUAAGUCCAAGGUCGCUCCGAUGGGGACUCAAACCAUUCCACGCCUCGAGCUAUGCGCAGCUCAACUCCUGUCCAGACUUCUGAAACAAGUUCAGGACAGCAUCGACAUCACCGCAACCACAUAUCUGUGGACCGAUUCUUCCAUCGUCUUGAACUGGAUAUCCGCAACUCCAUCGACAUGGAAAACGUUCGUAGCCAACCGAGUGGCUGAAAUCCAAGAGCUGACGUCUCACGCCGUUUGGAAUCACGUCCCAUCCGAAGACAAUCCCGCUGAUCUCGUUUCUCGAGGAAUGGACCUCGAUGAACUCCUUGCCAGUGCACUGUGGUGGAACGGACCGCAGUGGCUGAAACUAAUAUUCGCUCCUUGGCCAGCGAAGUACGUCGUAGCGACCUCAAACUCAGACCAACCGGAGGUCCGACAGACUAUUGCCCUUCCGGUCGUGAGCGUAGAACCGUCAGAUAUCGUCGAUCGCUAUUCCAGUCUUCGUCAGCUACUUCGGAUCGGCACACUUCUUCGACGUUUCGCCGCUAAUUGUCUCCACCGUAAGAAUCACCAGCCUAUUCUUGUCGGCCCGUUGACGGCUCUUGACAUUGAUCGCACUCUGCUCAAUCUGGUCCGUCGCAUACAACAGCAGUACUUUGCCAACGAGAUACGCCAACUUGAAACCGUCGGAAAAGUAAACCGUAAAUCCAAGCUACGGUAUCUGCACCCGACACUCGUAGACGGCAUUAUUCGUGUCGGCGGCCGGCUUCACAAUGCAGCGAUACCUGUCGACGGAAGACACCCGAUCGUCCUCCCCAAACAUCGUUUCACCGACAUGAUCGCCACGAGAGAACACCAUAAGACGCUCCAUGCCGGUCCCAGCUUACUACUAUCCUCGUUGCGCCAAAGAUUUUGGCCCCUCGGCGGACGGAACUUGGUUCGCAACAUUGUUCACGGCUGCAUGGUAUGCGCACGUGCCAAACCCAAGCCGUUGCAGCAGCUGAUGGGGGAUCUGCCAUCUGUUCGGGUCAACCAGGCGUACCCGUUUCAGAAUGUUGGCGUUGACUUGGCUGGGCCAAUGUACGUGAGAACGUCACUCCGAAAUAAGAGAUCGCCAUUCUUCAAAGCCUACAUCACCGUAUACGUAUGUAUGGCUACCAAAGCCGUGCACUUGGACCUUGUGUCGGAUCUGACCACUAGCACAUUCAUUGCGAGCCUGCGAAGAUUUGUCGGCCGUAGAGGAAAGCCUGCGCAUAUCUACUGCGAUAACGCCACGAACUUUGUUGGAGCACAGCGAGAACUGGAAGAACUGCGGAAGCUUUUCCGAACUCAAGUUCACCAAGAUGCCGUAGCAAACGAAUGCGCAGACAACGGAAUACAGUUCCACUUCAUCCCACCUCGCUCUCCCACAUUCGGUGGAAUCUGGGAAGCCUGCGUGAAAUCCGUGAAGACCCUGCUUCGCAAAAUCCUCGGAAAUGCCCACCUAACCGAAUCCGAGCUGCAAACCGCAUUGAUUCAGGUCGAGUCAAUGCUAAACUCUCGCCCAAUCACGCCGUUGCCGGACAAUCCAUCCGAUGAGCUUGCUCUGACUCCAGGACAUUUCCUGAUUGGUCGUCCGUUGAAUGCGGUACCUGAUCCAGAUUGCCGUGAAGUUCCUGAAUCCAGGUUGUCUCGAUGGGAACGAGUACAACAGCUAACUCAGCAUUUCUGGAGUCGUUGGCACAAGGAGUAUCUCGCCACCCUGCAAAGUCGCUACCGCUGGACAGAAGCCAUGGACAAUCUAGCCGUUGGUUCCAUCGUCGCUCUCAAAGAUGAGAGAGCACCGCCGUUGAAAUGGCCCCUGGGACGCGUGCUCAGCGUUCAUCCCGGCCCUGACGGCCUUGUUCGUGUCGCCACCGUGAAGUCGACCUUCGGCAUCGUUCAACGCGCCAUCCCGAAGCUCUGCUUACUUCCAGUUGAAGUAGCGCCACCCAUCGUAGCACAGAGUCCCGCACCAAUUAGCAGCCCUACGUCAACAACGCCAAAUGAAGGCCCUUGCUCAGGGAACCGAGCACACCACUCCCGGACAGUAUCCAGCAGUCGGACCCGACGCACCUCGAAAAAUCAUCCUGGAAGCUGUAAGGAGGCCUGUACCGAGAAGACGAAUCCAGGUCUUCAUAUCCCGUUGAACGUCAGUCAUCGCAAGAAGCUCGAACUUCCGCCGCUAAUGCCCGUUGAAUUCCUUAAAAUUUCAUUGGCGGCCGGAAUGUUCAAUACUCACCUCUAA